UUUUUUUUAAAUGAUUAUAAACACGAGGUCGGGCGUUGUUGCAGUUAGGGUAGUAAAAUAUUUAAAUUUUUGUUUAUAAUUAGUUAAUAAGUAGUAUUUUUUUAAAAGAUCCAAACAAUAGUCUCCAAAUCUUGUACGCCUGUAUGAAUGGAAGAAACGUUGACUAAGUCAUCUGGCAGUGCCGAUAGUUUAGAGUCAGCCGACUGGCAGUUACCAUUAUGUUUCACAAAAAAAAGACAUAUCGAAGAAAUAAAAAGUGUACAAACUAUAGUCAGCUCAUGGCGACUCAAAGAACGGAUGAAAACUGUGAGUGUAGCACUUGUGCUAUGUUUGAAUGUUGGUGUAGACCCUCCUGAUGUUUUCAAAAUACAACCAUGUGCUCGACUGGAGUGCUGGAUAGAUCCUUUAAUGAUGAUACCUCAAAAAGCUCUUGAAAUGAUUGGAGCUAAUUUACAAAAACAAUAUGAGAGAUGGCAACCUAGAGCACGUUAUAAACAAUCAUUGGAUCCAACAAUAGAAGAAGUAAAAAAACUUUGUGUUUCAUUAAGGCGAAAUGCAAAGGAAGAAAGAGUUCUUUUUCAUUACAAUGGACAUGGUGUCCCUAAACCAACAUCAAAUGGUGAAAUUUGGGUUUUCAAUAGAGCAUAUACUCAAUAUAUACCAUUGUCUAUUUAUGAUUUACAAUCUUGGAUGGGAUGCCCAUCAAUAUAUGUUUAUGAUUGUUCAAAUGCUGGAAUGAUUGUUAAAUUAUUUAAUCAAUUUGCUGAACAGCAUGAAAAAGAAAUUUUGCAUGAUGCGUCUCAAAAUCCUAUGUUUUUACAUCCUGAAGGCUCAUCUUUUAAAAACUGCAUUCAACUUGGUGCUUGUCAAAUUGAUCAGACUCUUCCUAUGCAUCCAGACUUACCUGCUGACUUAUUUACAUCAUGCUUAACUACACCUAUUAAAAUGGCAGCUCGUUGGUUUGUUAUGCAAAACAUGUCAAAAGAUAGUUCAAAAUUAUAUCUUGAAUUAGUAGACAAAAUUCCAGGUACACUUAAUGAUAGACGUACAAUGUUAGGAGAAUUAAAUUGGGUUUUCACUGCUAUUACUGAUACAAUAGCUUGGAACAUUUUACCUAAAGAUACAUUUCAAACUUUAUUUCGACAAGAUUUGUUAGUUGCUAGUCUGUUGAGAAAUUUUUUAUUGGCUGAACGUAUUAUGAGAACAUAUGAUUGUGAGCCAAUUUCUUCUCCUAAAUUGCCUCCAAUGCAUAAUCAUCUUAUGUGGCAGUCCUGGGACCAUAUUUUGGAUUUGUGUUUGUCUCAAUUACAACGUGUUCAAGAACAUGGUGAUGGAUUUUUUGUACGUACUACAUUUUUUGAAGAACAAUUGACUGCAUUUGAAAUUUGGUUAGAUCACACUGCUUGUCUUCCUACCCAGCAAAGAAGUGCUCCUGAACAACUUCCUAUUGUUCUUCAAGUAUUGUUGAGUCAAGCACAUAGACUUCGAGCUUUGGAUUUGUUAGGUCGGUUUUUAGAUUUAGGACCAUGGGCAGUUAAUUUAACCUUAUCAGUGGGUAUAUUUCCGUAUAUUCUAAAAUUACUUCAAAGUUUUGCUGUUGAGUUAAGACCUAUGUUAGCAUUCAUCUGGGCAAAAAUUAUGGCAGUUGAUCAUACAUGCCAAACUGAUAUUGUUAGAGAAAAUGGCUUCAAGUACUUUUUUCAACUAGUUGAAGAUAUUCAACUACCCGAGGAACAAAGAAUGUUAGGUGCUGUAGUAUUAUCUCGUUUAAUGCAAAAUUAUAGAAAUGGUCAACAAUUGGGACUCAAAAAUAAUUUAGUUUGCAUAUGCCUUGAACAAUUAGCUCAUGCUAGUGCUCCUUAUAAACAAUGGUUAACAUUAUGUCUAGCACAAUUGUGGGCUGAUUAUGAUAAAGCUCGCUGGGUUGGAGUGCGUGAUAGUGCACAUGAAAAGCUUUAUUUACUACUGGAAGAUAAAGUGCCUGAGGUUCGAGCUGCAGCCGUAUUUGCUCUUGGUACUUAUGUUAGCUGUGAUAAAGAUCGUACAAACCAUGCUUUGAAUGUUGAUCAAAGUAUUGCUUUAACUUUGUUAAAUACUGUUGCUAAAGACAUGAGUCCUAUGGUUCGAGAGGAAGUAAUUAUAGCUCUUCAAUGGACUGUAGUAGCAUUUGAAAGGUACUUCUUAGAAAUAGCAAUGCAAAAACAAAAUGAAAAAACAUAUGGAUCUCUCUACAAAAGCCCUAACAGUAGUUCAAAAACUGUUAGUUUAUCUAGAAUAGGCUCCAAAGAAAAGCUUUUACAUUCAUCCACUAGUCCAAUUGUUACUGUAGUUUCACCUUCAGUGUCAACUAUGUCUAAUAUUCAUGAUGAACUAUUGGAAGACACAAAGCCUGAAUAUUUAAGGCGUACUGCAUCAUCAUCUUCCAUAGUAACUUUAGAUACAUACAAUACCACAUCAGCUGUAAAUAAUAUCCAUGCACAAAUAUGGAAAGGUUUAACUGCAUUAGAACGUGAUAUAUUUCCAGAUGUAGCAAGUACUGCUCAGAAGUUAACUAAAUAUAUUAAACAAAAGCUUAAAGUAAAACAUGAAAGUCGUUCAUCACAUUCCUUACCUGCAUCACCAUCUUCUAGAAGUUACCUUAGUCAAGGAGAAUCGCCUCCAUUAUCAGUAACUGAACUUCGUUCUAGACCUAGAGGACCUAUAAUACAAUCAAGAUCUAGUUCCAGAACAAGGAAUAUUGUACCUAAUACCAUUGUUGAAGAAGCUACUAUAUUAUCAUCUUCGUCAUCACCACCUAAUGUUGAAGAAAGUGAUGGAGAAAAAGACAACAAUAAAUCUAAAAGUCUGUUAAACUCUCAUUUUUUCGAAUGGGUCUCAAAAAAUUUUGCUCAUCCUUUGACUGGCAUUAGUGAGGCAGGUGACCUUGAAAGCACAAUUUAUUAUGAACGAGAGUGGAGGUAUACUCGUAAUUUAGUAAUUAGGAAAGAUGCCCUGGAAGAACAAAGUAAAGUAAAUAAUUUAAAUUGUAAAAUAGAACAUCAAAUUUUUUCAUCCAAAUGCAAUCAAACACCAAAUUCAUUAAUGUUUCAUCCAUAUGAUCCACAUGUUGUUAUGGCGACCAAAGAUUAUUUGACAAUAUGGGAUUAUCACUCGAGUUAUAAAUUAAGUCAAUGGAGACCAGAUUUAAGAAAUCACACUUUUGAUAUGCCAUAUCGAAAUAAUCCACACCUAUCAACUGUAGAACUAUUAAACAGCCAUGACAUAGCAUUGGUAUUAGCUGGAUAUAAUGAUGGUAAUAUUCAAAUUUGGUCUCAGUGUACAGAUGGUCCAAAAUUAGUUACUGGAUGGCAAGCAUUACCAAUUUGUAAGAAUGCUGGUUUUGAAAAGAGCUCUUCAAUGGCAUUACAUUGGGAUCACCGAUCAUGUCAUUUAAUAUGUGCUGGUGAUUCAAGAGUUAUAAAAAUAUGGGAUGUUGAGACUGAAACUAAAUUAACUGCUAUAACUACAGGUGUUAACGCUUCUGUUACAUGUUUAUCAAUGCAAUCUAAAGAAAAUAAUAUAUUUGCUGCUGGUUGUAAAGAUGGUUCAAUUAAAGUGUUUGAUAAACGACUACCUCCUGAUGAGGCUAAAAUUGCUUCUUUUAUGGAACAUCAAUCAAAGAUACUUACUAUAAGACUUCAAGAUGCUACUGUGGUGUCUAUUAGUUCUAAUGGAGACAUAAAGACUUUUGAGUUUGGACAAAAUGCUUCUCAGCGACAAUUUCAUGUUAACAGUAUCAACUCUGCUGCUAUUCAUGCAACUGCUAAUAUUUUAGCAUGUAGUUCAAAUCAAACACUUUUGUUCUACAACACUGAGGGUCAAUUAUUGAACUCUUUGAGAUUAACAGAUUGGUUUAUGAGUUCAAGAUACAUGCCAGUAAUAACUACCAAGUUUCAUCCUUUAAAAGUGUUACUUGCUACAGGUGCUAUUGAUGGUACAAUAGCAUUAUACUCAAUAGAUCCUAAAAGAUGAUCUGGUCAUAUUUUUAAAUAUAAUAAUUUUUAUUCUUGUUAUUGCUCUACUUUCUUAACACUUCAUAACAUGACACUUUUUUUAAUGUGCUCAAAAAUUGCCAUUCGACUGAAAAUUGGUUUUAUGUACUUAGUAUUUUAUUUAUACAUACAUAUGUGUAUAUAUAGAAACAUUUUUGUGUAUAUAAUAAUAUCUUUUUAUUUUUAUUUUAAUUAAUAUUAUUAAAUUGUUGUUAUUUUGUUGA